UCCAAUUCAAUACAAGAAAAAGAUAUAUUGAACGAUACGGUGCAAGAAAAUCAUGGUUUGACUCAAGAAAUGAUAAACGAUAGAUAUAAUAAUAUACAGGAGAAAAACGAUAGGUACGGUAGUACGUUAGUAGAUAAGAAUGAUAGGUAUGGUAGCAACAGUCAUAUCAAUAGAGAGGACCUUGAUAUUUACGGCUCUGGUCCUGGUGUAAUCGGGCCAGCAAUACCAGAACGGAACAGUUCCAGAAACAAUAGUCUUCAGCUAAGAGAGCAAGUUUUGUCUCAGAAACCAUCUCCUGUUGCCACUCCUACCUCUAACUUUCCAAGCCAAAACCACAACCAGAGAAUUCUUCAACGGCAACCGGAAUCAUUAGAUAGUUAUAUCGAAGAGGACAUUCUUCAGGAUACAAAAGAGUAUUCUAGAGAUUCUCCCGUGUCUGUGGUUGAUCGCUAUCCUCCAGACACCAACUCACUUAUCGAGCCUUACCGUGCUACAACUCCCAAACCAACAUCGCCCUCACCACCCAAGCGACAAGACACGUUAGAUGAAGAUUAUGAUCAGUCUUAUGAGCAAUCCUUCGAUCAGCCAGGAGAUGAUUAUGUGAUAGAAGAAAUGCCUCCACCGAUUGAGCAGAAAUCUUCGUUUGGAGAACAAGAAAUCGUCACUGGAGAUCAGCCAAAGAGGAAGAAGACGGCCAAGGAGCGGUGGCACUGGGCGUACAACAAAAUCAUCCACCAACUAAACGUGAGUACUAAUAACGUCUGGUGUUUAUUUCUGUGAAAUGUGGUAAGUGUGACACUACUUUUAAUAUAAAUUUAUUCUUGCUGAG